AUGACCUCUCAGCAGCAGAGGAACAGGAAUUUCUCCAGCGACAGCCUCGGCCGAGAAAGGCUGGCCUCAGAUGAAGCUUAUUACCAGGGGAUGCUGAAGGCUACGGAUGGCAGAAAAGAUGAACGAGAUCGAGUACAAAAGAAGACCUUCACAAAAUGGGUUAACAAGCACUUGAUAAAGGCUCAACGCCACGUGGCAGAUCUGUACGAAGACCUCAGAGAUGGACACAGCCUUAUCUCACUGUUGGAGGUCCUCUCUGGGGAGAGACUGCCCAGAGAGAAAGGCCGCAUGCGAUUUCACAAACUGCAGAACGUGCAGAUAGCGCUGGACUUUCUCAAGCACCGGCAGGUGAAGCUGGUUAACAUUAGAAAUGAUGACAUAGCAGAUGGGAACCCCAAACUGACCCUGGGGUUAAUAUGGACCAUCAUCCUGCACUUCCAGGUCUCCUCGUCUAUCUCAGACAUUCAGAUCAACGGGCAGUCCGAGGACAUGACGGCAAAAGAGAAGCUGCUGCUGUGGUCCCAGAGGAUGACGGACGGCUACCAGGGCAUCCGCUGUGACAACUUCACCACCAGCUGGAGGGAUGGGAAGCUCUUCAAUGCGGUCAUACACAAACACUAUCCUAGACUCAUCGACAUGGGUAAAGUGCACCACCAGACCAACCUGCAGAACCUGGAGCAGGCCUUCAGCGUGGCUGAAAGAGACCUGGGAGUGACCCGCCUCCUGGACCCUGAAGAUGUCGAUGUUCAGCACCCUGACGAGAAGUCCAUCAUCACCUACGUGUCAUCCCUGUAUGACGUCAUGCCCCGCGUGGACGUCCAUGACGGGGCCCGAUCUAAUGAGCUGGAGCUGCGCUGGCAGGAGUACUACGAGCUGGUGACCGUUCUGCUGCAGUGGAUCCGCCACCAUGUCAUGAUCUUCGAGGAGAGGAAGUUCCCGGCCAGCUACGAGGAGAUAGAGCUUCUCUGGCGCCAGUUUUUGAAGUUCAAAGAGACGGAACUGCCUAGCGCGGUGCAUGCCGGUCAGGUCAAGGUCCCCCCCGGCUACCAUCCCAUCGAUGUGGAGAAAGACUGGGGUCGACUGCACGUGGCCAUCCUCGAGAGGGAACGACUGCUCAGGAUAGAGUUUGAGAGGCUCGAGAGGCUCCAGAGAAUUUACAGUAAAGUCCAGAUGGAGUCGGGAUCGUGUGAUGAUCAGCUCACUCACCUGGAGAACCUGCUGCAGACCGACAUCCGUCUGCUGAACGCAGGGAAACCAGCCCAGCACACAGCUGAGGUGGAGAGGGAGCUGGACAAGGCAGACAACAUGAUCCGCCUCCUCUUCAAUGACGUGCAGAUCCUCAAAGAUGGACGCCACCCUCAGGCUGAACAGAUGUACCGCAGAGUUUAUCGGCUCCACGAGCGCUUGGUAAACUUGCGCAGCGACUACAACCUUCGUCUGAAAUCUGCCGCCACAAUGGCGCACGUUUCCAUGGCCCAGACCCCCCAGCAGACCACUAUGAAGGUGCGCCCGGAGGUGGACGACGUCACCCUGCGCUACGUGCAGGAUCUGCUGGCCUGGGUGGAGGAGAACCAGCGGCGCAUCGAUGAGUCGGAGUGGGGAUCCGACCUGCCCUCCGUGGAGUCCCAGCUGGGCAGCCACAGGGGCCUGCAUCAGACCGUGGAGGACUUCAAAUCCAAGAUUGAACGGGCAAAGUCUGACGAGAGCCAGUUAUCUCCAGUCAGCAAGGGCACAUACAGAGAAUACCUGGGAAAGCUGGACCUUCAGUAUGGGAAACUGCUGAACUCUUCCAAGUCUCGCCUGAGGAACUUGGAUUCCCUGCACGGGUUCGUCUCCGCUGCUACAAAGGAACUCAUGUGGCUGAACGACAAAGAGGAGGAAGAGGUCAACUUUGACUGGAGCGACCGGAACGCCAACAUGACAACCAAAAAAGACAAUUACUCUGGUCUCAUGAGAGAACUGGAGCUUAGAGAGAAGAAGGUCAACGAUAUCCAGGCCCUGGGAGACAGGCUUGUCAAGGAUGGACAUCCUGGCAGGAAAACGGUCGAGGCCUUCACAUCUGCCCUGCAGACUCAGUGGAGCUGGAUUCUUCAGCUGUGCUGCUGUGUCGAGGCUCACCUCAAAGAAAACACAGCCUACUACCAGUUCUUUGCUGAUGUGAAAGAGGCUCAGGAAAAGAUGAGGAAAAUGCAGGAGAACAUGAAAAAGAAGUACAACUGUGAUCGCUCCACAACGGCCACACGCCUGGAGGACCUGCUGCAGGAUGCUGUGGAUGAGAAGGAACACAUGAAUGAGUUCAAGACUCUGAUCACUGGCCUGAAUAAGAGAGCCAAGUCCAUCAUCCAGCUGAAACCCCGCAACCCCACCACCCCCAUCAAAGGCAAACUGCCUAUCCAGGCUGUGUGUGACUUCAAGCAGCAGGAGAUCACCGUCCAUAAAGGAGAAGAGUGCGCUCUUUUGAACAACUCCCAGCCUUUCAACUGGAAGGUCUUGAACCGCUCUGGAAACGAGGCGGUGGUUCCUUCGGUGUGCUUCAUGGUACCUCCAGUCAACAAAGAGGCUGUGGACAGUGUGUCAAGUCUGGACGCGGGUCACCAGCAGAUGCUGACCAUGUGGCAGCUGCUGCAUAUAAACAUGAAGAGUCUGCUGUCAUGGCAGUACCUGAUGAGAGACUUCACACAGAUACGCUCCUGGAACAUCACCAUGUUGAAGACCAUGAAACCAGAGGAGUACCGCCUGGUCAUGAGGAACCUGGAGCUCCACUACCAGGACUUUAUGCGUGACAGCCAGGACUCCCAGCUCUUUGGCCCCGAUGACCGCAUGCAGGUGGAGGACGACUACACCGGGGCCACUCAGCAUUUCGACAACCUGCUUCGCUCCAUGGAAAAAGGUCAACAGGACGAAACUCUGUGUAAGAACUACAUCUCUGAGCUGAAGGACCUUCGUAUCCGCAUAGAGGACUGCGAGACCCAGACUGUGUCCCGGAUCCGCAAGCCAGUGGAAAAAGAACCUUUGAAAGAAUGCGCCCAGAAAACUACACAGCAGAAGAAAGUUCAGGGAGAGCUCGACGGCCUGAAAAAGGACCUGGACAAGGUGUCCGUAAAGACCCAAAAUGUCUUGGCCUCCCCUCAGCAACCGGCCUCAGCUCCCGUGCUGCGGUCGGAGCUCGAACUCACCGUUCAGAAAAUGGACCACGCCCACAUGCUCUCCUCCGUUUAUCUGGAAAAGCUGAAGACUGUAGAAAUGGUCAUCCGCAACACACAAGGUGCUGAGGGCGUCCUAAAGCAGUAUGAGGACUGUCUGAGGGAGGUUCACACUGUGCCCGGGGACAUCAAAGAAGUUGAAACCUACAGAACCAAGCUCAAAAAAAUGCGAGCUGAGGCCGAAGGUGAACAGCCAGUGUUUGACUCCUUGGAAGAAGAGCUGAAGAAGGCCCAGGCCGUUAGCGAUAAGAUGUCCCGUGUGCACAGCGAGCGCGACGCCGAGCUGGAACACUACCGGCAACUGAUGUCCAGUUUACAGGACCGCUGGAGGGCGGUGUUCACCCAGAUGGACCUCCGUCAGAGAGAGCUGGAGCAGCUGGGUCGGCAGCUGGGUUACUACCGCGAGAGCUACGACUGGCUCAUCCGCUGGAUCGCUGACGCCAAGCAGAGGCAGGAGAAGAUCCAGGCUGUGCCCAUCACUGACAGCAAAACCCUGAAAGAUCAGCUCGCCCAGGAGAAGAAACUCCUGGAGGAGAUUGAAAAGAACAAAGACAAGGUUGAUGAAUGCCAAAAGUAUGCAAAAGCAUACAUUGAUACUAUCAAGGACUAUGAACUCCAGCUGGUUGCCUACAAAGCUCAGGUAGAGCCUCUUGCUUCUCCCCUGAAGAAAACCAAAAUGGAUUCUGCUUCUGACAACAUCAUUCAAGAGUAUGUAACUCUGAGGACCCGGUACAGUGAGCUGAUGACUCUGACGAGUCAGUACAUCAAGUUCAUCACCGACACGCAGCGCCGCCUGGAGGAGGAGGAGAAAGCUGCACAGAAACUCAAAGUGGAAGAGCAGAAAAAGAUGGCGGAGAUGCAGGCUGAGUUAGACAAACAAAAGCAGUUAGCUGAAACUCAAGUGAAGGCCAUUGCCAAAGCUGAGAAAGAGGCCCGAGAGCUGAAGCUCAGAAUGCAGGAAGAAGUAAGCAGGAGAGAAACAGCGGCUGUAGAUGCGGAAAAGCAAAAGCACAACAUCCGACAGGAGCUGCACGAGCUGAAAAACCUCUCAGAGCAGCAGAUCAAAGACAAAAGCCAGCAGGUGGACGAGGCCCUCAAAAGCCGGACCAAGAUCGAGGAGGAAAUCCACCUGAUCAGGAUCCAGCUCGAGACGACGGUGAAGCAAAAGGCCACUGCCGAGUCUGAGCUCAAGCAACUGCGCGACAGAGCGGCCGAGGCAGAGAGGCUCAGGAAGGCCGCCCAAGAGGAGGCCGAGAAGCUCCGCAGACAGGUCGGCGAAGAGACGCAGAAAAAGCGCGAAGCAGAAGAGGAGCUCAAGCGCAAAUCCGAGGCCGAGAAGGAGGCCGCCAAGCAGAAACAGAGAGCUCUGGAAGACCUCGAUAACCUCAAGAGACAGGCUGAGGAGGCUGAGCGACAAGUCAAGCAAGCAGAGGUGGAAAAGGCGAAGCAGAUCAAGGUGGCCCAUGAGGCAGCCCAGAAGAGUGCUGCCGCUGAGCUCCAGAGCAAACACAUCUCUUACGUGGAGAAGACCUCCAAAUUGGAGGAGUCGCUCAAGCAGGAACACGGUGCCGUCCUUCAGCUGCAGCAGGAGGCAAACCGCCUCAAGAAGCAACAGGAGGAUGCGGAAAACGCCAGAGAGGACGCUGAGAAGGAGCUUGAAAAAUGGAGGCAGAAGGCCAACGAGGCGCUUCGCCUAAGGCUCCAAGCCGAAGAAGAAGCCCACAAAAAGAGCCUGGCUCAAGAGGACGCCGAGAAACAAAAGGAGGACGCAGAGCGGGAGGCCAAGAAGAGAGCCAAAGCUGAGGAAUCGGCGCUGAAGCAGAAGGAGAUGGCCGAGAAUGAACUUGAGAGGCAGCGGAAGAUCGCCGAGAGCACCGCUCAGCAGAAGCUCACUGCGGAGCAGGAGCUCAUUCGACUCAGGGCUGACUUUGACAACGCGGAACAGCAAAGGUCCCUCCUGGAGGACGAGCUCUACCGCCUGAAGAAUGAAGUCGCUGCCGCUCAGCAGCAGAGGAAGCAGCUGGAAGAUGAGCUGGCCAAAGUCAGGAGUGAGAUGGAGAUGCUCAUCCAGAUGAAGUCCAAGGCGGAAAAGGAGUCCAUGUCCAACACCGAGAAGAGCAAACAGCUCCUGGAAACCGAAGCUGCCAAGAUGAAAGACCUGGCUGAGGAGGCCACCAAGCUUCGAUCCAUCGCCGAAGAGGCCAAACAUCAGCGGCAAAUCGCGGAGGAUGAGGCGGCUCGCCAGAGAGCAGAAGCCGAGAGGAUUCUCAAAGAGAAACUGGCUGCAAUCAGCGACGCCACGAGGUUAAAAACGGAGGCUGAGAUCGCCCUGAAAGAAAAGGAAGCAGAAAACGAGAGGCUGAGGCGACAGGCUGAAGAUGAGGCUUACCAGAGGAAGGCCCUUGAGGACCAGGCAAACCAGCACAAGCAGGAGAUCGAGGAGAAGAUCGUCCUGCUGAAGAAGUCGUCUGAGGCUGAGAUGGAAAGGCAAAGGGCUUUGGUGGAUGAUACUCUUAAACAGAGGCGGGCAGUGGAAGAAGAAAUCCGAAUCCUUAAGCUGAAUUUUGAGAAGGCCUCGUCUGGAAAACUUGAUCUGGAGCUGGAGCUGAACAAGCUCAAAAACAUUGCCGAAGAAACCCAGCAAAGCAAGCUCAGGGCAGAGGAGGAGGCGGAGAAACUCAAGAAGCUUGCCCUCGAGGAGGAGAGCAGGAGGAGAGAGGCGGAGGAAAAGGUCAAGAAGAUUGCUGCUGCGGAGGAAGAGGCCGCCAGACAGCGCAAGGCCGCCCAGGACGAGCUUGACCGGCUGAAAAAGAGGGCCGAGGAGGCCAGGAAGCAGAAGGACGAGGCCGACCGGGAGGCAGAAAUGCAGAUCGUUGCCGCCCAGCAAGCUGCUCAGAAGUGCAGUGCGGCUGAGCAGCAGGUGCAAAGUGUCCUUGCCCAGCAGAAGGAGGACGGCAUCAUGCAGAAGAAGCUCAAAGCGGAGUAUGAGAAAGCCAAGAAGCUCGCCAAAGAAGCGGAGGCUGCAAAGGAGAAGGCAGAGAGGGAGGCGGCUCUCCUUCGCCAACAAGCCGAGGAGGCCGAGCGCCAGAAAGCCGUCGCCGAACAAGAGGCCGCCAACCAGGCCAAAGCUCAGGAAGAUGCUGAGAGGCUGAGGAAAGAGGCCGAGUUCGAAGCCGCAAAGCGAGCGCAGGCAGAAGCUGCAGCGCUCAAGCAGAAACAUCAGGCGGACGCCGAAAUGGCGAAGCACAAGAAACUGGCCGAGCAAACCCUGAAGCAGAAGUUCCAAGUGGAGCAAGAGCUCACAAAGGUUAAACUGAAGCUCGACGAAACCGAUAAGCAUAAAACCCUCCUCGACGACGAGCUGCAGCGGCUGAAGGACGAGGUGGAUGACGCUGUCAAGCAGAGGGCCCAGGUGGAGGAGGAGCUUUUCAAAGUAAAGGUUCAGAUGGAGGAACUGCUGAAGCUGAAAAUCCGAAUCGAGGAGGAAAAUCAGCGUCUCAUCAAGAAAGACAAGGACAACACACAGAAAUUUCUGGCCGAGGAGGCUGAGAAUAUGAAAAAACUCUCGGAGGAUGCCGCUCGGCUUAGCGUCGAGGCCCAAGAGGCCGCUCGCCUGAGGCAGAUCGCAGAGGACGACCUCAGCCAGCAGCGGGCGCUUGCUGAGAAGAUGCUCAAAGAGAAAAUGCAGGCCAUACAGGAGGCAUCCAGACUCAAGGCCGAGGCAGAGAUGCUCCAAAGACAGAAAGACCUGGCUCAGGAACAGGCGCAAAAGCUCCAGGAGGACAAACAACUAAUGCAGCAGCGUCUGGAUGAGGAAACGGAGGAGUAUCAGCGCUCACUCGAGGCCGAGAGGAAAAGGCAACUGGAGAUCAAGGCCGAAGCGGAGAAACUCAAGCUUCAGGUCUCUCAGCUCAGUGAAGCCCAGGCCAAAGCCGAAGAAGAGGCAAAGAAAUUCAAGAAGCAGGCCGACACGAUCGCUGCCCGUCUCCAUGAGACCGAAAUUGCAACCAAAGAGAAAAUGACUGUGGUUGAAAGGCUGGAAUAUGAGAGGCUAAAUACAAGCAAAGAGGCCGAUGAUUUACGCAAAGCUAUCACAGACCUAGAGAACGAGAAGGCUAGGCUGAAAAAGGAGGCUGCAGAACUUCAGAAUAAGUCCAAAGAGAUGGCUGAUGCUCAGCAGAAACAAAUUGAGCACGAAAAGAUAGUGCUCCAACAGACAUUCCUGACAGAAAAGGAGAUGCUGUUAAAGAAAGAGAAGCUCAUUGAAGAUGAGAAGAAAAAGCUUGAGAGCCAAUUUGAGGAGGAAGUGAGAAAGGCAAAAGCUCUCCAAGAUGAACAGGCACGCCAGAAACAGCAGAUGGAGGAGGAAAAGAAGAAGCUAAAGGCUACCAUGGAUGCAGCCCUCAGUAAACAGAAAGAGGCAGAGCAAGAAAUGCUUAACAAACAGAAAGAAAUGCAAGAACUGGAGAAGAAGAGGCUAGAGCAAGAAAAGGUUCUUGCAGAGGAGAACAAGAAAUUGCGGGAGAAGCUGCAGCAGCUCGAGGACGCUCAGAAAGACCAGAGCAAAGAAGUUAUCCAGAUAACAACGAUUGAAUCAACGCAAAAGGUUUUCAACGGUCAAAGUGCCGGUGAUGGGGUAGAUGGUGUUGGCAAAAAGCCAGAUCCAUUGGCAUUUGAUGGCAUCCGUGAAAAGGUACCUGCAAGCAGACUUCAUGAGCUUGGUCUUCUGCCUACAAAGGAAUUUGACAAGCUGAAAAAUGGCAAGACCACCAUCCAAGAGCUUGGUGAAAAGGAAAAUCUUAAGAGAAUUCUCAAAGGGAAGAAUGCCAUAGCGGGCAUUUUGACACCAACUAAUCAAAAAAUGUCAAUCUAUCAAGCAUCAAAAGAAAAGAAGAUUACUCCUGGAACAGCCAUGAUACUUUUGGAGGCACAGGCAGCCACAGGUUACAUUUUAGACCCCAUAAAGAAUGAGAAACUUUCAGUUAAUGAGGCUGUCAAGGAAAGUUUGAUUGGCCCUGAGCUGCAUAACAAAAUGCUUUCAGCUGAGAGAGCUGUUGUUGGAUACAAAGAUCCAUACACAGGUGGAAAGAUAUCUGUAUUUGAAGCAAUGAAGAAGGGUCUGAUAGAACACGAUCACGCCAUCAGAGUCCUUGAGGCUCAGCUUGCCACGGGGGGCAUCAUUGACCCUCUCAACAGUCAUCGUGUACCUGAUGAAACAGCCUAUAAGCAGGGACAGUAUGAUGCAGAAAUGAGUAAGAUUAUGAAGAAACCUGCAGAUGAUGCAAAGGGAUACUUUGACCCCAGCACUCAGGAAGCUUUGACAUAUUCUGAGCUGAUGGCAAGAUGCAAGAUUGACCCGGACACUAAGCUGUUACUCCUGCCAAUCACAGACAAAGCUGCUCAGUGCUCCAGCAUAUAUACAGAAGAGGAGACCAAAGAUGUAUUUAGCAAAACAACCGUGUCUGUACCAUUUGGAAGAUUCAAGGGAAAAACGGUCACCAUUUGGGAAAUAAUAAACUCUGAGUAUUUCACUGAAGAUCAGAAGAAGGAUCUUCUCCGUCAGUACAAGACGGGCAAAAUCACAAUCGAAAAGAUCAUCAAGAUUGUGAUCACGGUGGCUGAGGAGAAAGAGAAGAAGAAGGAGAUUGCUUUCGAUGGUCUGCGAUCACCUGUUCCUGCAAGUGAGCUCUUGGAAUCUAAAGUCAUUGAUAAAGAUCUUUACAACAAAUUGCACAAGGGCAAUGUCACUGUCAAGGAAGUCUCAGAAAUGGAGCCAGUGCAGAAGGCACUGAGGGGUACAAACUGCAUUGCAGGUGUUAUCAUUAACUCCUCCAAGGAGACAAUGUCCUUCUAUCAAGCAAUGAAGAAGAACAUGAUUAAGACCAGUUUUGCCCUGAACAUGCUGGAGGCCCAAGCAGGAACGGGCUAUUUGGUUGACCCUAUUCACAACCAAAGCUACACUGUUGACGAAGCUGUCAAGGCAGAUGUUGUUGGUCCUGAGCUGCAUGAAAAGCUCUUGUCUGCAGAGAGAGCUGUUACAGGCUACAAAGAUCCCUACAGUGGAAAGACGGUAUCUCUUUUCCAGGCAAUGAAAAAAGAUCUCAUUCCCAAAGAGCAAGGUAUUCGAUUGCUCGAUGCUCAAAUGACCACCGGGGGCAUCAUUGAUCCAGUGAAGAGCCAUCAUAUUCCUCAUGAUGUUGCCUGCAAGAGAAAUUAUUUUGAUGACGAAACAAAACAAUCUCUGGCCAGCCCAACUGAUGAAACGAAAUGCUUCUUUGACCCAAACACAAAAGAACAUGUCACAUACGCAGAGCUCUUUAAGAGAUGUGUGACUGACAAGAAAACCGGUCUCCAGCUUCUCCCUCUUUCUGACGAAGCCAUCAAUGAGAAAGAGGAGACAUGUUAUACUGAAGCCCAAGCAAAAGAGGCUAUGACUCACCAGACUCUGGAGCUGGAAUCUGGACCAUUUAAGGGUAAAAAGGUGACACUCUGGGAAAUUAUCCACAGCGAAUAUCUCACUGAAGAGCAGAGACUUGACCUGCUCAGACAGUUUAGGUCAGGAAAGGUUACAAUUGAAAAGAUCAUUAAGAUUGUGAUCACCAUUGUGGAUGAGAAAGAGGCUAAGAAAAAGGAACAGUCAAGCUUUAAGGGGCUCAGAGCUCCAGUGCCAGCGAGUUCCUUGUAUGAUUCCAAGAUCAUUGACAAGCCAACCUUUGACCUUCUUCAGCAAGGUAAAACAACACCUAAACAAGUUAGUGGGAAUCCCAAUGUCAGUAAAUACCUCCAGGGCACUGAGAGCAUUGCUGGAAUCUACUUGGAACCUACAAAGGAGAAAAUAAGCAUUUAUCAAGCCAUGAAGAAAAAGCUCCUGAGACACAACACUGGUCUGUCCCUCCUUGAAGCUCAGGCAGCAACCGGGUUCAUCGUAGACCCGGUGAAAAACCAAUGCCUGUCAGUGGAUGAAGCUGUUAAAUCAGGUCUUGUUGGUCCAGAGCUUCAUGAAAAACUCCUCUCUGCAGAAAAAGCUGUCACCGGCUAUAAAGAUCCCUUCACUGGCAAGAAAAUCUCCCUCUUUGAAGCAAUGGAAAAAGAUCUCAUCCUGAAAGAACAUGCCAUGCCUCUGUUGGAAGCACAGAUGGUCAGUGGAGGAAUAAUUGACCCAGUAAACAGUCACCGUGUGCCAACUGAGGUUGCAUAUAAGAAGAAUAUUUUCAGCAAAGAAAUUUCAAAGACCCUGUCUGAACCAACAGAUGACAUCAAGGCUUUCUCAGAUCCAGAAACAGAUGAGAAUGCAACUUACAGGCAAUUAAAAGAGAAAUGCCAAAGAGAUGCAGAUACAGGCCUGUACAUCCUCCCACUGUCCAAGCCUCAAUCCCCAACAGUUGUAGAAAAGACCUACCUCUACACAGAAGAACAAACUCAGAGCGAUCUGACCAACACCCAAAUUGACAUUCCAAUCGAGGGUCUUGGUGAUAAACCAGUGAACCUCUGGGAUGUCAUGAACUCCAAUUUGCUUCCAGAGCAGGAGAGGCAGAGACUCAUGGAUGAAUACCGCUCUGGUAACAUCACUAAAGAGCGCAUGAUCAUUAUUAUUAUUGAGAUAAUGGAGCAAAGGGAGAUCAUUAGAAAUGAUAGCCCGCUGUCAUAUAAGACUUUGAGGAGAAGGAUAACCAUUGAGGAGCUCUACAAUGCCCGAAUCAUUGAUCUGGAGACAUACAACCUUUUGAAACAAGGCAAGAGAGAUAUCCGUAAUAUAAUGGAGAUGACCAGCGUGAAACAGUAUCUCUAUGGCACAGGCUGUGUUGCUGGGGUUACAACAGAUUCAAGCUCCAAGAUUAGCAUAUACCAAGCAAUGAAGAGAGGUUUUCUUAAACCAGAAAUAGGCCUCAGCCUCCUGGAGGCUCAAGCUGCAACAGGAUUCAUUGUAGAUCCAGUGAAGAAUGAGACACUUACUGUUGAUGAGGCUGUUCGUAAGGGCAUUGUUGGACCCGAAAUCCAUGAUAAACUUCUGUCGGCUGAAAGAGCUGUGACUGGAUACAAAGAUCCAUACAGUGGAAAAAUCAUAUCUCUUUUCCAGGCCAUGAAAAAGGAUCUUGUUCCUGAGGAUUACGCUCUGAAAAUGUUGGAAGCCCAAAGUGCAACUGGUGGCAUUAUUGAUCCAGAAUUCCAGUUCCACCUGCCUGCAGACAUUGCCUUGCAAAGAAGCUAUAUCAACAAGGAAACCAAUGAGAAAUUGACGGAUGAAGUUAAAGGAUUCAUUGACCCAGUCACUGACGAGAAAUUGUCAUAUGCAGAGCUGCUAAAGAGGUGCAAGCUUGACAGUGGAUUGCGUCUACUCUCCCUGGGAGACAAGAGACUGACAUUCAAGGGCCUUAGAAAACAGAUCACAAUGGAGGAGUUGGUUCGUUCACAAAUCAUUGACCAGCAGACAGUCACUGAAUUGAAUGAAGGCCUUCUUUCAGUGGAAGAAGUUAGCAAUAGACUGUCAAGAUACCUUCAGGGUACAGGUUGUAUUGCUGGUGUAUUUUUGGAGUCUGCCAAGGAACGUCUGUCAAUCUACCAGGCUAUGAAGAAGAACAUGAUUAGGCCAGGCACUGCAUUUGAACUCCUUGAGGCUCAAGCAGCCACAGGGUAUGUAAUUGAUCCAAUCAAAAACCUUAAACUAACUGUCCAUGAGUCUGUGAAGAUGGGCAUUGUUGGUCCAGAAUUUAAGGACAAGCUUCUGUCUGCUGAGCGUGCAGUGACUGGAUACAGAGAUCCUUAUUCAGGCAAAACAAUCUCCCUGUUCCAGGCAAUGAAAAAGGGUCUCAUUUUGAAAGAUCAUGGCAUCCGACUUCUGGAAGCCCAGAUUGCCACAGGUGGAAUUAUUGACCCCGAGGAAAGUCACCGUCUGCCUGUUGAGGUUGCCUACAAACGUGGCUUCUUUGAUGAAGAAAUGAAUGAGAUCCUGUCAGAUCCAUCUGAUGAUACCAAAGGCUUCUUUGAUCCCAACACUGAGGAAAACCUAACCUACCUUCAGCUGAUGGACAGGUGUAUCACCGACCCUGACACAGGACUGGUGCUCCUGCUACUGAAAGAAAAGAAGCGGGAAAGGAAGACCUCCUCUAAAUCCUCAGUCCGAAAACGCAGAGUUGUCAUUGUAGACCCAGAGACGGGCAAAGAAAUGACUGUGUAUGAGGCUUACAGAAAGGGACUGAUCGACCACCAAACCUACUUGGAGCUUUCGGAACAGGAGUGUGAGUGGGAGGAAAUCACAAUGACUUCCUCUGAUGGCACCGUGAAAUCUAUAAUCAUUGACAGAAGGUCAGGUAGACAGUAUGAUGUGGAUGAUGCCCUUUCACGAGGACUUAUCGACCAAAAUUCUCUUGAUACAUACCGAGCUGGAAACCUAUCUAUCACAGAGUUUGCUGACAUGCUUUCCGGAAACAUGGGAGGCUUCCGCUCGCGCUCUUCCUCAUUUGGUUCCACCACUGGUUCCACUUACUCCUCCUCAAUGAGCCCCAUUCCUUCUGUUAAACCACCUGCAAUAAUAUGGAAUGACCCAUCAGAGGAAACUGGACCCAUAGCAGGGAUAUUGGACACGGACACAUUGGAGAAAGUGUCUAUAACUGAGGCAAUGCAUAGAAACCUGGUUGACAACAUCACAGGCCAGAGAUUGUUGGAGGCCCAAGCCUGCACAGGAGGUAUAAUUGACCCCAACAGUGGAGAGAAAUUCUUGGUGGCUGAUGCUACAGAAAAAGGUUUAGUGGACAAAGUCAUGGUUGAUCGCCUCAAUCUGGCACAAAAAGCUUUCAAUGGAUUUGAAGACCCAAGAACUAAAGUAAAGAUGUCAGCAUCUCAAGCCCUAAAGAAGGGCUGGCUUUAUUAUGAGGCUGGGCAGCGAUUCCUUGAGAUCCAGUAUCUAACCGGUGGACUCAUAGAGCCUGAUGUUGAAGGCAGAGUGUCCAUAGAUGAAUCCAUCAGGAAGGGAACAAUUGAUGCCCGCACUGCCCAGAAAUUGAGAGAUGUCACCACUUACUCUAAAUAUCUGACAUGCCCAAAAACCAAACUGAAAAUAUCUUUCAAAGAUGCCAUGGACAAAAGCAUGGUCGAAGAAGGAUCUGGCCUUCGGCUUUUGGAGGCCUCUUCACAGUCUAGCAAAGGCCUCUACAGUCCCUACAAUGCCAGUGGCAGUGGAUCUGCUUAUGGCUCUCGAACUGGCUCAAGGACUGGAUCCCGAACAGGCUCCAGAAGAGGCAGCUUUGAUGCUGGUUCUGGCUUUAGCAUGAACUUUUCAUCUUCCUCCUUCACAUCCUCAUCAAACUUCAAUCGCAGAUUCUAAUUAGAUAGUUCUGUCCUUCAUAGCUAGUGACUAAGAACCAUUAAUACUAAUGCACUUUACAGCUGCAUUUCUAACAGGAAAAAAUAGUUAUCAGUAACAAAGGAAAUAUAAUUUAUUUAUUCUUUAUAGCAUGUGGUCACACAAAUUCCAUAGCAACAGAAUCUGCAUAGAUAAAUGCCUCUGAAAUGAGGAUACACCCAAAAAUUGCAAAGUAUAUAAAACAUUAAUUUCUUACUGUACUGAUGGCAAAGUAAGUUUUUUUGUUUCAAAGCGAAACAUGAUAGUUUUGCUGUUUGUAAGUGACCAUAGUUAUAAUUUUUACUCCUGUUCAAAAGAUGUAUACAACUGUUUUUAAAACUAAUAUAUACUAUAUGUAAGUCAAAACACAUUGUUUUCCAGAAAUUCUUGUUGUUUUUUUUAUUAUUUUUUUUAGUCUAUUUUCUAACCUGUUUUGACAUUAGUAGUUAUGACAUACUGAAUGUCCAAUUAGUUUUAAGGUGUUUAACUAAAACAUAAAGGUGAUUUUAAAACCUUCUGAAUGCUUUGUAGAGGAUGACCAUAGGAUGUAUUGUUUUUUUUUCUUUUUCUUUUUUUUUGGUCGUUUGGCUACACAUUAGGGUAACAAUGAACCCAGUAGAUAGCAGUGCAGGUUACACCAGUAAAACACGGCAAAAUGUUACACUACUGGAAUGCAACACUGCAAUGAAGUGCUAAAAUUAGAAUUAUUCAAAACUAGUUGCACAUCCCGUUAUUAUUCAUAGACAUUGAAGUGGAAAAGUUAAUUACUUCAUUGUUUUACACACUUUCAAUUUUGGAUUGCUCAUAUCAUCAAACAAGUGUUCCUGCCACAUCCCAAGAUGAUGUCAGACUCAAUCCUGCUCCCUCUCACAGACCUGCGCGCUGUUAUUUUCAUUCUU